CCGAGUUAUGUUCUCUUUACGGUUGUAGCGCGGGAAAUCUGUCUGCUUCUGCGUUUAUGCUGGACUCAUAGUAUAUUUUGGGUUUGUACGGUACCUUAACUUGUAGUUUAAUCAUCGUGAAGUGAAGGAAGUUCUCAGAGACAACAUGCAGCGGAGCAUUGCAUCAUUCUUUCAACCCAAGAGCAAGGAUAAGGAGAUCCAGAAGAAAGCUGCAGAUGAACCAGUGAAGAAGCUUGUCAAGAAGCCCCUCAAGGUACAGAAUGGCGUUCAGGAGCCGGAUUCACCCGUCAAGAAGGUUGCCAAGCGCAGCCGUCAAAUCCUGGACAGCGACGAUGAUGAGACGCCAGUUGUUAAAGAACAAGCUGUCACCAACGGACAAGGAAACAAAGGAGCUGUUGGUAAAACAGAAACGAAAGAUGAUGUGUUUAAGGCGGUUCCCACCCCGCUGUCCCCACCCCCAGCACCGACCACACCUCUGACCUCGGCCUCUCCAGCUACUCCAGCUACCCCGGCCACCCCGGCCUCUUCCACCUCACCAGGGACCCCCAGCACUCCCAGCUCCAUCUCACCCACCGGGAUCACCAAACGCAAAACUGCGAGGAAGGGGUUCCCUAAGAGGAAGCUGGAUGAGAGCACGAGCAGCAGUGACAGACGGAAGAAGGAGGCUGGUGCGGCGGUGGAGGAGAAGGGUCAGCAAAACAAACGACCCCGUGUGGAAAGUAGUUCAGAAAACACUGAUGAACCCAUGGAAGAGGGAGCAGAGGAAGAAAGGGUUGAAAAGGCACCGGCUGAGGCUAACCGUCGAGAUGAGCAGGGGGAUGACAAGACGAAAGAAGAAAGGGAGAAGGCCGAGGAGGACGAGGCGCAGGUAGACAAAAGGGGCCCUGAUGAUGAGGAGGAAAAGAAAGAUGAGGAGGCGGAAAAGAAAAAUGAAGAGAAGGAGAAGAUGGAUGAUGAGAGAGGGCCCGCCGUCGCACAAGAGGUGGUAGUUAAAAAGGAUACGCAAGAUGGAGAAGAGAGCCCGAAAAGUCAAAUGGCAGGAAAAAAACAAAAAGUAGCAAAAGAGCAAGAAGAUAAGGAGCCGGCCAAGAAAGCCCCCAUCAGCAGUUUCUUUGCUCCCAGAAAAGCAGCAGUAAAGACGGAGAAGCCAGAGAGGAGUGAAGGAGAGAAAAAGACAAGUGCAGGGAGGAAGAGCACUGAAGGGGAGCGUAAAGACACAAAAGGUGAAUCAACCUCAGGACAAACAGACUUUGACCCCUCCAGGGCAAACUACCAUCCUGUGGACCACGCUUGCUGGAAGCAAGGCCAGAAAGUGCCGUACCUCGCAGUGGCUCGCACCUUUGAGAAGAUUGAAGAGGACUCUGGCAGGCUGAGAAACAUUGAGACGCUGUCGAAUCUGUUUCGCUCCGUUCUGCUGCUCUCUCCAGAUGACCUGUUAUGCUGUGUGUACCUGUGUUUGAACCAGUUGGGCCCCGCCUACCUGGGGAUGGAGCUUGGCAUUGGAGAGACGGUGCUGAUGAAAGCCGUCGCCCAAGCAACCGGGCGGCAAUUGGACAAAAUUAAAGCCGAGGCACAGGAGAAAGGAGAUUUAGGCCUGGUAGCCGAGAGUUCCCGUAGUAACCAGCGCAUGAUGUUUCAGCCGGCCAGCCUGACAGCAGGGGGCGUGUUCAAGAAAUUGAAGGAAAUUGCCAACAUGAGUGGGAACUCGGCGAUGAAUAAGAAAAUCGACAUCAUCAAAGGACUCUUUGUGGCAUGCCGCUUUUCAGAGGCCCGAUAUAUAGUCAGGUCCCUGGCUGGGAAGCUGAGGAUCGGCCUUGCUGAGCAGAGUGUGCUCUCUGCUCUGAGCCAAGCUGUCUGCCUGACCCCACCUGCACAAGAUUUCCCUCCCGCUGUGGUCGACGCAGGGAAAGGGAAGAGUGCUGAGAGCAGACGGGCCUGGAUCGAAGAGAAGACUCUCAUUCUAAAACAGACUUACUGCGAGAUGCCCAAUUAUGAUGUCAUCAUCCCCGUUCUCCUAAAAGAGGGCAUUGACCAGCUACCCAAUCACUGCAAGCUCACUCCAGGUGUACCGCUGAGACCCAUGCUGGCUCACCCCACCAAAGGUGUCGGAGAAGUGUUGAAGAAGUUUGAUGAAGCAGCAUUCACCUGCGAAUAUAAAUACGAUGGAGAGCGGGCGCAGAUUCACAUCCUGGAGAGUGGAGAGGUUCGAAUAUUCAGCCGCAAUCAGGAAGACAACACCAGCAAAUACCCCGAUAUCAUCUCUCGAAUUCCCAAGGUGAAGAAGGGGACUGUGGUGUCUUGUGUUCUGGACUCUGAGGCGGUGGCCUGGGAUCACGAGAAGAAACAGAUCCAGCCUUUCCAGGUCCUCACCACCCGUAAGAGGAAGGAUGUAGAUGCCUCUGAGAUCAAAGUCCAAGUUUGUGUUUACGCCUUUGACCUUCUCUAUCUCAACGGCGAGUCCCUGGUGCGACAGCCGUUGUGUCGGCGUCGGGCUCUGCUGAAGGAGAGCUUCUCAGAAGUGGAGGGAGAGUUUAUGUUUGCCCGUUCCAAUGACGCCAAUGACACUGAUACCAUCGCUGAGUUCCUGGAGCAGUCGGUCCGAGACUCCUGUGAGGGCCUGAUGGUGAAGACUCUGGAGAAGGACGCUACCUAUGAGAUUGCCAAGCGCUCCCACAACUGGCUGAAGUUAAAGAAAGACUACCUGGAGGGGGUGGGCGACACGGUAGACCUCUGUGUGAUCGGGGCCUACCUGGGGAGAGGGAAGAGGACGGGCACCUACGGGGGCUUCCUGUUGGCCUGCUACGACGAAGACAAUGAGGAGUUCCAGUCAGUCUGCAAGAUUGGGACAGGCUUCAAGGAUGAAGAUCUGGAGCAGCAUUACAAGUUUUUAAAGGAGCACAUCCUGCCCAAACCCCGGGCCUAUUACCGCACCGAGCAAUCAGCCGAGCCGGACGUGUGGCUCGACGCCGUGCAGGUCUGGGAGGUGAAAUGCGCCGACCUCUCUUUGUCGCCCGUCUACAAGGCCGCCAUGGGAAUGGUGGAUCCAGAGAAAGGUAUUUCUCUGAGGUUUCCCCGCUUCCUUCGGAUCAGAGAUGACAAGAAGCCUGAAGACGCCACGACCGGAGCUCAGAUUGCCGAUUUGUACAAGAAGCAGCAGCAGAUUCAGAAUCAAGGGGAUAAAGUUGAUCCGGAGGACUACUACUGACCGCCUGCACCCGUCAGCAGGGAAUGAUAAUAUUAAUGAAAAUGUCACUAUAAUUGUAAAUACCUUCUCCUUUUUUUUUGUAAUGUUGAACUGAAAUAAAGACUCUUGCCAGUU